AUGAGUCGAUCACGGGUCUGGAUUGUGGACGUGUCACUUCUGAAGAAGAAAACGAGAUUAUCAUCUGCACUUAUACAGGUACAUGAUUCAUAUUCACGACUCCUUCGAAUUUCACCACAACACAACGCCUAUUCGCUUACCAUUGAACUUGUAAUACCAAUUGACUUUAUUAUUGUCCAGAGUAAAAUGCCUGCUCGGCUAGUUGAGGUGGAAAGAAACGCGUCAGUUGUUUGUCAACAAGCACAAAGUGAAUAUAACCCGUGGUCGCUCUUGGCCUCAUACCGUUGCCAAGCGAAUGUGAGCCGGAUCGAAUUACGUGUGAAGGUCGACGAAGGAACGCAUGGUCCGGUUGUGGUCUACAUCUGCCCCAAAACGCAUCCGAAGACCGUUCAGAUUCGCUCGUACGAGGUUAAGCCUCUCUCCUCCCACAAUCGCGUACAUUCAUUCGAUGUAAACCGACCAGAUGAACACGUUGUCAUUCGGUGUAGCAACUUCUCGUUAGCUGAAGCUCAUUCAUGGCUGUCGAUGACUGUGCCAGGAGUCCCGUCAAAACCACCACCGAGUGACUCGGUGACCGUGAAUUACCAGUCGACAUCCAAUGCUCCAACUCAACUCCAGGCCAACUAUUCGCGAGGAUCGAUUUCGUUCCGAUCCGACUCGAUAUCAACGAUAGCGAUCAUUCGUGAUAUCAUCAGCGAAGAAGAGACUACGAAAUCGACAAAUCAAAGUGCAAAUUUCGAACUUGAAGUGAACAGCGGUGACAUUUCCUUCUUAUCGGAGCAGAACAAGAAAAUUCUUCAGGAACACGAUAAAAUUUUCCAAGACGCUGAGAAGGAUUCUAUUGAGGAGAAGUAA